CCUCAAAUCUAUCCAUGCCUCCUGCCAAGGUCCAAGGGUUUUAGCCAUCUGGACCCCAUCGUAUAAAACCCCCCUCUCCUCCCCAAAACCUAACCAAAGUAGUAGGGUUUUCGACUCCUGGUUCUCUCUCGUUAUCAGGAGGAGGAGAGCACUCAUCAUAUCCCCAUGUCGUUGUACCGCCACCUCCUCCGCUCCCUCCACCGCGCCGCCGACCCACGGCCUCUCGUGAUCGCCCGCCCCUUCGCCUUUUCCUCCGCCGAGGAGGCCGCCGCAGAGCGGCGGCGGCGCAAGCGGCGCCUCCGCAUCGAGCCCCCCCUCCACGCCCUCCGGCGCGACCCUUCCACCCCGCCCCCACGCGAUCCCAACGCCCCCCGCCUCCCCGACUCCACCUCCGCCCUCGUUGGCCCCCGGCUUAACCUCCACAACCGCGUCCAGUCCCUCAUCCGUUCGGGGGACCUUGACUCCGCCUCCGGCACCGCCCGCCACGCUGUCUUCUCCUCCGUCCGCCCUACCGUCUUCACCUGCAACGCCGUCAUGGCCUCCAUGCUCCGCGCCCGCCGCCUCGACGACGUCGUCGCCCUCUUCACCUUCUUCUUCAACCAGUCCAACAUCGUCCCCAACGUCGUCUCCUACAACAUCCUCAUCAACACCCACUGCGACGCCGGCCGCGUUGAUACCGCCCUUGACGUCUACCGCCACAUCCUUGACCACGCCCCCUUCUCGCCCUCCCCGGUCACCUAUCGCCACCUCACCAAGGGCCUCGUCGACGCCGACCGCAUACAGGACGCCAUGGACUUCCUCCGCGAGAUGCUCAACCGUGGCCACGCCGCCGACUCCCUCGUCUACAACACCCUCAUGGCCGCCUUGAUCGACCGCGGCAACAUGGACAAGGCCCUUGAGCUCUUCGACGAGCUCCGCGAGCGCUGCCUCGUCUAUGAUGGCGUCGUCCACGCCACCCUUAUGGAGGGCUAUUGGAAGCGCGGUAUGGACAAGGAGGCCAUGGAGUCCUACCAGACCCUCCUUGACCGCCAGUUCAAGAUGAGCCCUGCCACCUGCAAUACCCUCAUAGAGACCUUGCUGAAGCACGACAAGCGGGCCGAGGCCAACAAGCUCUUCGAGCACAUGCUCGACAACCACACGCCUCCCAGCUUUGCCGCCAUCAACACCGACACCUACAAUCUCAUGGUGAAUCAGUGCUUCAAGGAAGGAAAGUUUUUGGAGGCCAUCGAGGUGUUCCACCGGACAGGGAAGAAGCCAUGCGUGAUGGAUGUCGGCUGUUUCAACAACAUCAUUGGAAAGCUCUGUGAAAAUGGCCUUCUUUCAGAAGCAGAGAAGCUGUUCGAAGAAAUGCCUGGGAAAUCGGUGAAUCCAGAUGCGGUGACCUAUGGGUUUUUGGUUGACACAUGUUUCAGAGAAGGAAAAGUGGAUGAUGCCGUGCGGUAUUUUGAGAAGAUGGUGAACACUGUAGAAGGGGCUCCAAAAGUUGAUGUGGGGUUCUACAACAAAAUGUUUGAUGUGUUGGUCAAGGCAGGAUCAAUCGGUCAUGCACUGGAGAUUUUUGGGAAGAUGGGGGAGAGAGCACUUAGGCCGGAUUCAGCUAGUUAUGAGAUUUUAGUUAGAGGGCUGUGCGAGGAAGGAAACCUGAACCAAGGACGGGAUUUGCUGGAGCAGAUGGUGAGGUGCAGAAUAACUGUGUCACCUGAGUUCCAUAGGUUUUUAUUGGAUGCUUUUGGUAAAGCAGGACGAGGUGAUGAGAUAGAACAUCUGUUCAUUGGGAAUGCAGGCAAUGUUCCUCCUCAAUUCCAACAGUAACUAAAAGAGCUUCACAGAUGUGUGAUACGUUCUCAUUAUCAUGGUCAAUUAGAUGGAAGCUAUUGUUGAGAAGAAACGCGAAGCAUUGUUUGCCACAGCUGUUCCAUCCACAAUAUAUCGUUGGACAUGCAACAUAACUUCACUUAUUUAUAUCCUCAUGAUUCAUCUGUAUACCUUUUUCAGUUUUUACAGCUCUAAUUCCUAAAAUUUGUUCCUACAUCUUGGUUAUGUAUGGGAUACCAUGAUUAGACCAUUAUAUGCUCUUGGUACAUAAAAAUAUUUUUGCUCCGGA